AUGGAGCAGAUGCAAAACUUCAUCAAAGGUCUCAAGAGUCAAAUUUACAUGUUAUUGGAUGCUUCCGCGAGAGCUAAAAGCAGCUUAGGUAGAGCUAACGUUAGCCAGGUACAAGCACUGAGGUGUGAUUUCUGUGGAGGAGAAUAUGUGAAUGGAAGAUGCUCAUUGGAAGGGACAAGUAAGGAGGUCCAGUUUGCUAAUUUUCAAAAGAAUAACUCGUAUUCCAACACAUACAAUCUGGGUUGGAAAGAUCACCCAAAUUUCUGUUGGAGCAAUAACCAAAAUUCAAAUUCCAACCAAGGAAUGCAACAAAGCCAACAAGCUUUGUUUCAAAGGAAGUCAUCACAAUUGAAAGAGAGUCUGCAGAAUUUUAUUAAAGUGACACCGAGUAGUUUUGAUCAAGUAACUAAGAACCGUGAGAAAAUGAGUAGAAACCAGGAUGCGUCUAUCAAAAAUAUGGAGAUGAAGAUUGAUUUAAGGGUGAUUAUUCAAAAGGGUAAAUAUGAGAUUGAAAAAGAAGAGAAUAACAAUCAAGGUGACCAAGACGAAAGAGGAGUCACAUUUGAUCAACUCAUUAAUAAAAACUCUCCUUGGAGAAGAACAAAGAAACAGAUCCUAACUGAGCCAAACCCUCUUUUACCGGAUUAUGUAAAACCAUUGUUCCCGAUAAUUAAAAAGAAACUAGUUCAAGAUAAUGAAGCAGGGAUGUUUGCAAAGUUCAAGGAAAUGCUAGUUACUCUCCAGAUGUUACUAAAGGGAACGAAAGAAAAAAUGGUCAAGGAACAUGUAAACAUGACCCAAAAGGAUGAUGUGGUAAUAUCUCAAGCUUUGCUACCAAAAUUAAAAGAUCUCGGUAAGUUGAGUAGUUCUUGUAGUAUCGGUGAGGUGAAUAUUUUGCAUGCUCUAUGUGAUCUUAGAGUUAGCAUAAAUGUCAUGCCACUGAAAACAGUGAAAGAAUUGAAAGUGGUUGAGAUCACACCGAGUAACAUGUCUCUCACUCUAAGUGGUUCAUUUGUUACUCAAUUGGUUGGUAUUGUACGUGAUGUGUUAGUACAUGUCGAUGGGUUAGUGUUUCCUGUAGAUUUUGUAGUGCUUGAUACAAAAGGAUAUUCAUGA